UGCGGGCCGGCGCUGGCCAUGGAGAAGCUGUACCUGGCGGGGAGCAGCACCUGGAUCAUCAACAGCUCCCUGGGGAACGGCAGCCUCCGGCCGGAGAACCUGAGCGCCGGCAGGAACAGCACCGCCGACCCCCUGAAGAGGAACGAGGACAUGGCCAAGGUGGAGGUGACGGUCCUGUGCCUCAUCCUGUUCCUCGCCCUGACCGGCAACCUGUGCGUGCUCCUGGCCAUCCACACCACCCGCCACAAGCACUCCCGCAUGUACUUCUUCAUGAAGCACCUGAGCAUCGCUGACCUGGUCGUGGCCAUCUUCCAGGUGCUGCCCCAGCUCAUCUGGGACAUCACCUUCAGGUUCUACGGGCCAGACUUCCUGUGCCGCUUGAUCAAGUACCUGCAGGUGGUGGGAAUGUUCGCCUCCACCUACAUGCUGCUGCUGAUGUCCCUGGACCGCUGCUUGGCCAUCUGUCAGCCGCUGAGGUCCCUGCACAGGAGGGCCGACCGGGUCUCCGUCCUCCUCACCUGGCUGCUGUGCCUGCUGGUCAGCAUCCCUCAGAUCCACAUAUUUUCUCUAAGGGAUGUGGGGAACGGGGUUUACGACUGUUGGGCGGAUUUCAUCCAGCCGUGGGGACCGAAAGCCUACGUUACCUGGAUCACCCUCAUGGUCUAUAUCAUCCCUGUGUUGAUGCUGAGCAUCUGCUACGGCUUAAUCAGCUUCAAAAUCUGGCAGAACGUGAAGCUGAAGACGGCUCACGGGCCCAGCGUGGGUCUGGGCUCGGGCUCCCGCGGCGGGGUGGUGUUUGCCAGGGUCAGCAGCACCAGGCUCAUCUCGAAAGCCAAGAUCCGGACAGUCAAAAUGACCUUUAUCAUCGUGCUGGCCUUCAUCGUGUGCUGGACUCCCUUCUUCUUCGUGCAGAUGUGGUCUGUGUGGGACAGCAACGCCCCGCAGGAAGCGUCCCCGUUCAUCAUCGCCAUGCUCCUGGCCAGCCUCAACAGCUGCUGCAACCCCUGGAUCUACAUGCUCUACACCGGGCACCUGUUCCACGACCUGAUGCGCCGCUUCCUCUGCUGCUCCACGCGCUACCUGAAGUCGCGGCCGGCCUGCGAGCUGAGCAAGAGGAGCAACUCCUCGUCCUUCGUCCUCAGCUGCAGGGCCGCGAGCCAGAGGAGCUUCGUGCAGCCGCCCACGACGUGAGGCCGCGGCCAGCCGGACCUUGCGCCUCUGCUGCGCUGCUGCCCUGGGGCGGCCGGGCCGGACAGAGGGGUCUGCACGCAGGUGUAAAUAUGGUGUAAGCAUGUACAGAGGCCUUAUUUAACCGAGACGGGAGUGGGCGAGGAGUUCUGCGUCCAGCUUUCGGUGCUGCCUGGGAUUAGAUGGCAGGAACCCGUUCCUGAGCCCCAAUCCCUGACUUCAGUGGCUUGUGGAUGGCGCCAGGAGGGACAAAGGACGCGGUGCCGCUGGGGCAGGUGCGAUGGAAGCACAGGGAGAUGGGUGGUGUGACCCCCGGUAGGUGGCUGGGCACUGCCCCACUCCGCCUGCAGCAGGAUCCCGCUCCGCGCUCUCAGCACAGGAGCCCUGGCUUCACUUGCAGCCUGUGGGGCAGAGG